ACGCACACUCGAACACAUGCGUAUAUGUGUGCCAACCGUUUGGUCGAAAACAUUCCACCAAACCUCCCGGGUCGUCAGUUGGAGCAGUUGGCGUAAGUACGGGAGCGUGGAGUCAUCACGCACAUCACUCCUCCACGUACACAGCGCGUUCCGGUUUUUAUUGUUUGAAGAUCUUUUACUUUUGUACUCUCUGCGUCAAAGUCAGUCCUCGAGUCGCGGUAGUCGUAUUAGCGGGUAACUUUUUUCGGUGCAGCAACCAACCCAGCAGCAUCCCCAGCAUCCAGUGAAUCUCCAGCUCCAGGUUGGUGUGAAGGUCCAGCGAGAGAACGAGUGGAGCGGGCAGUGUUGGCAACGAGAUACGCAAAAAACGCACUGGACCGAUUGACGUUUCGGGGCAGCUCCAAAACACGCACACAUACAACACAGGGAGGCUUCUACGUAGAACGGUUUUUGGGGCGAUGUACCUGGCGGACCGAUGCUAACCAUUGGAAACGUUCAGUGACACAGAUAAAAAAUAAACGCAGUACCUUGGGCGACGCGUAGAAAAGAAAGGGCACGUCGCACAUUCCGGGCUGGCGGUAAAGAAAACCGCACCGCCAGAGUAGCGAGAGAGAGAGUGUGUGUGUGUGUGUGUGACCUAGUGUGCAGUGUGACACACGGCAGCCAGUACACAGGUGUGCAGGCUUCAGAGUAGGUGUAACGUGGUGUUGCGGCCCCGAGACACAGAUAUAUGGCUGCACCGUUGGCCGUGUUGAGGUGCACGGCGCAGUCCACGGACAGGACCAACCGACGUCUUCCCGAUCUUCGCCCAGUGUUACCGCGCUUACCUCAUCAUCUUCGUUGCCCGGGAAACGGUAGUGGUGGUGGUGGUGGUAGUGGUGGUAGUGGAGGUAGUAGCAAUCUUCGAAAGUCACCGUCAGGUGCCUCCCAAUACCUGCGCGCCAUCCCAAUAACGUCAUCCGUCCCUCGUGUGGUGGAGGACGCUGGAGUCGAACAGUGUCAUAGCUACGGCCAGACGCGGCAGCUUCCCGGGCAAGGACGCCUACCGAGUGAGCGUGCAAUAAUCGUGUACUAAGCCUGCCACGCCAAAAAACAAAACACCAAUCCACCGCUCCUGUCCAAAAUGGCCGGUGACGACAUUACCUUCAUCUUCCAGUUUGGGAAUCUGCGCGACAUCACCACGGUCGAGACGAGCGCCCUCACGCUCAAAACACUCAAAGAGCUGGCCUGUGACUUUAUCAACAGUAAGAUCCCGGAGAAUGGUUUAAAUCGACUCCCGGAACGGUUGCUGCUCUUCCGCCACGAUUACGAAUCUCACAACGUGCUGCAGAUGGUGACGUCCGCCUCCGACAUUGUCGACGAAACGUUGGUGGAGAUCGUGCUCACUGCCAACCAAACGCUACUACCGCCCGCCAGCACUGGGCCGGCCCUUCACCGGAACAAUGUCCCGAUCGCUCAAGAGGACAUACCGCUCGUGCGGCCCCACGCACUUAACGUACACUCGUACAAAGCGCCCACCUUCUGCGACUUUUGUGGCGAGAUGCUGUUCGGGCUGGUACGCCAGGGGCUGAAGUGUGACGGGUGCGGGCUCAACUAUCACAAGCGGUGUGCGAUCAAAGUGCCAAACAACUGUAGCCGGGUGGAGCAUACCGGUGUGCUGCAGCAGUCCCACUCGCACCAGAACCAGCAGCACAGUAACGGCAGCAGCAACACCGGUGGCAGUGGCCGUCGGUCCGGUUCGGCCGGUGGUGGACUGCUGUCGUCGAUGACGGCGGCUGUCAUGCCGGCCCGCAGCCCAUCGGGCGGCUCCAGCAACUCGCUAGCGUCGGACGAAACGGCCGGCGCCGGAACAAUGCUGUCCACCACCAUUCGCCAAAGUCGUUCGCCCUCGCUGACAAGCCGUGGAGCUGUCGGUGGCCACCCGAUCAAGAUCCCGCACAGCUUCUCGAUCCACACCUAUACCCGUCCGACCGUGUGUCAGUACUGCAAGAAGCUGCUCCGGGGCCUGUUCAAGCAGGGCGUCCAGUGUCGCGACUGUCACUACAAUGCGCACAAAAAGUGUAUCGAAAAGGUACCGAAGGAUUGUACGGGUGAAAACACACAGCCGGUCGAUACGCAUGACGAUCGCAGUCUGUCCAGUGAUCGGGAGCUACUGUACAAAGACGACCCCGAAGACGAGAGUGACUUUGAUGACAAUCCGUUCGGGCAAGCAACGAGACGGUCCGGCGGUGUAGGUGGGGUCGGUAGUGCAACGGGUUGUGGUACCCCGAUGAAGGAAGGUACCGGCAAGCAGUCACCGUCCGGUGGGGAAGGUUCGCCGGGGAAGAUGAACGGUGGCAACACCGUCCCCGCACCGGCCUACCACUUGCUGGACGAUUCGGACGAUAAUCGGCUGGAGGUGAUCUGUGAGCAGUCGCGCCAGUCGUCGAGCAAUUCGUCCUCCUCGCCGAGCGCAAACAUUCCACUGAUGCGAAUCGUACAGUCGGUCAAGCACACGAAGCGUCGGGACGGGCGUGCAAUGAAGGAGGGCUGGCUGGUACACUUCACCAGCAAGGAGAAAACGAUCAAGCGCCACUACUGGCGGCUCGACUCGAAGGCAAUCACACUGUUCGUGUCGGACCAGGGCAGCAAGUACUACAAGGAGAUACCGCUGAACGAGAUUGUCGCCGUGGAGGCCGCCCGAACACUCCAGGGUGAGGUGUUGCAUUGCUUCGAGAUACGCACGGCGACGGUUGACUAUUAUGUUGGGCAGGACCCGCUGUACAACAUGAAGCAUCACACCGAUCCCGUACUGGCGUUACCACCUCCAGACAGUGGAGUCGGUGCCUAUCUUGCGAAAAGUUGGGAAACAGCUAUCCGACAAGCACUGAUGCCGGUACAGACGGGAUCGAGUCGAUCCGAAGCACACGGUACGGGUGGUGGUCCUAGCGAACCGGAAGAGCGCGUCACCGACAUGAGCCAGCUGUAUCAGAUCUUCCCAGACGAAGUGCUCGGAUCCGGACAGUUCGGGAUCGUGUACGGUGGUGUGCACCGGAAGACGCACCGUGCCGUUGCCAUCAAGGUGAUCGACAAACUACGCUUCCCGACCAAGCAAGAGGCACAGCUGAAGAAUGAGGUCGCGAUACUGCAGAACCUGUCACACGCCGGAGUCGUUAAUCUGGAGCGUAUGUUCGAAACACCGGAGCGAAUCUUCGUCGUGAUGGAGAAGCUAAAGGGCGACAUGCUGGAGAUGAUACUGUCCCAUCAGAACGGUCGGCUAAACGAGCGCGUCACCAAGUUUCUUAUCACACAGAUACUCGUGGCGCUCAAGUACCUGCACAGCCGUAACAUCGUGCAUUGUGACCUAAAGCCGGAAAAUGUGCUGCUCUCGUCGGACAACGAGUUUCCGCAGGUGAAGUUGUGCGAUUUCGGAUUUGCUCGCAUCAUCGGGGAGAAAUCUUUCCGUCGAUCAGUCGUCGGUACUCCUGCCUACUUGGCCCCAGAAGUACUACGCAACAAGGGCUACAACCGAUCGCUGGAUAUGUGGAGCGUGGGCGUCAUCAUCUACGUCAGCCUGAGCGGUACCUUCCCCUUCAACGAGGAUGAGGACAUUAACGAUCAAAUACAGAACGCCGCCUUCAUGUACCCGCCGAACCCGUGGAAGGAGAUCUCCUCCGAUGCAAUUGAUCUGAUCAACAAUCUGCUACAAGUGAAGCAGCGCAAACGGUUCACGGUGGACAAAAGCCUUCUGCACUGCUGGCUCCAGGACCUGCAGACUUGGAACGAUCUGCGUGCACUCGAGUCGCAGGUAGGCCUACGCUAUCUGACACACGAGUCGGACGAUGCACGAUGGGCUGUGACGGCCGGCAGCACUGGUGGCAGUGGCGGUGGUGGUGGUGGUGGUGGUCCAUGACCCGUCGCCUCGGACGGUCCAGCCGGAGGACGGCUGUCCUCGCUACCCUUCAUCCAGGAGUCGUCAACACCGCCCGCAGAUGAACCGGCAACCUCGACAGCGGCCGUCCCAUCCAUCUCCCGGCUCGCGUCCGACUACUGUGUGGGGGGUGCCAGUGGCAAAUCGUACGGCCAUUCCCAUCAACCCUCCGUACUGUUUCAUGACUUCCGCGGCAAAGCGUACCGGUGGGUGCGUGGCCGGUUCUGCCGGUUUGUGAAGGCCUAAAUCGAUCAGGAACGCGCAUUCUUUUCGAUGCUCCCUUUAAAACCUUGGUGACGAUCUGAUAUUUUGUUUUACACGAAACCAACUCGAAAUCUCGUACCCGCUUAAUCUCUGUCCGUCGAUAAGGGUUGAUUUUAGAUUUAUAUAUAUACACAAAACACGUACACAGACACAUUGUUACACGAAUAUUGACACACAUUUUUUCGAUAUUAUCGCAUAGGGUUUAACGAUCUACUAGUGAGUUUUGAGGUUAUGAUUUGCUUUAUACUUAAAUUGAAUUGUUCCGGACCUUUACCCGGAACUGGGAGUUCUUAGCUGUUUAUCAAACUGUUUAAGAAAUUGUCGUUCAUUCGAACGACUCCACGGAACAUCGGCGCAGUAGCACCAACCUUAGCACUAGUUAAGUGGUUAAGUUUGUUACAUUGUACAUUCUACACAAACUGCUUCUCCUUGUUCGGUGGACCGUCCGGUGGAAGUCCACACGAUAAUGCUUCCACGUUAGAAUAAUGUUUUGUUAUUGGAAUUGAAUUCAGGUGCUGGACACACCGUUGAACUCUCCCCACAAAACAAUCAAGAUGGCGUCCAGCUCCAGUUUAGCUACUUACCGUUUACUUUACUUGAUGUUCACUAGUGACUAGGGCGUGAAGGUUUGAUAAGUUUGCCGGCUUGAGGAGUUUUGUUUGUUUAGAAUAGUAGACACGUGCUUCGAAUUACACGCUGCGUUCCAAAUUGUUACAUUCGGUUCCAGGUUUCCCGAAUAUACAUUCCUGUUUUUUUUUUUUGUUUCUCAUAUCUCCGGACAGCUGGUUGUCGCCCAGAGAGCGUUCAAGCGCGCUCUCGUCUUUCAUUCCUAGAGUUUUCUUCAACAAACAACAGCAACAAACCGUACAACACAACUUAAGAAUCGAAACCCUUAUCCGCCAUCUUUGCAAUCGCUAGUGAGAUCAUCGUUAGCGAUGAAACCAAACUUUUCAAGUGCCUAUAUAAACGUGCGCGAUCGGUCGUCGGUAAAUCGCGUCGGUGUCGGAGGUUUCUAUUCUGCUGCAGUUAUUAUACUCUGCCCAAAAUCAAUCAAAAAUCGAGAAGAUGGAGGAAACAACAAAAGGCUGUCCUUCUGAGACAGCAUCUGGAUCUGAUUUUUUAAACUUUUUUUUUUUUUCGUUUAACUUCGUUUGCGUAGUUAUGCUUUGCGGUCUAUUUAUUUUAACUGCAAGCAACUGUCAGCUGCGUUUUGCAGCUUCCUGCCGCAUGCAUGUACAGAACCGCACCAAGAGUGGGUGUGUUGUGAAGGAGGGAAGUAGUGAAGUGAGAUGAAAAGUGUGAACGAGGCCGGACAGAAAACUGAAACCCCCCCGCUGGAAACUGCACUUUUGACUAUCGGUAGGCCCUGUUCAUUAAUAUAUACCUCACCUUACAAAUACACACAAAGCCAACAAACACACACAAGGGGCGUCUUUUCUAUCGCUUUUCAUGUACUUUAAGCUCUCGUAAUGCAAAAGACUAAAUAACUAAAUAAUAGUAAAAAAAAAAGAAAGUAAUUGUAAUAGAGAAAACAACAACACAUGGCACAAAGCGGGUUUUGGGAGUGUGAAGAAGAUACACAAAAAGCAAAAAACAAACAAGAGAUGGAAAGCAAGAUGGAACAAAGGAAAACGCAAUGAAAUCAGAACCAUAAACAUAAGUACAGCAAUUUUUAAAGAGAGAAAAAAACGAUCUAAACACUACAAGAUACUUAGUAAAAGAGCGUACUAAAGAAACAAAACGAAAAACAAAAAAUGCAAAAACAUGGUAA